AUGCUUCAGCUUGUUUACAGUUGUUGUGGGCUGCCCUGUGCCCCAACUGUGGGCUGCCCUGUGCCCCAACUGUGGGCUGCCCUGUGCCCCAACUGUGGGUGCCCCAACUGUGGGCUGCCCUGUGCCCCAACUGUGGGUGCCCCAACUGUGGGCUGCCCUGUGCCCCAACUGUGGGCUGCCCGGUGCCCCAACUGUGGGCUGACCUGUGCCCCAACUGUGGGCUGCCCGGUGCCCCAACUGUGGGCUGCCCUGUGCCCCAACUGUGGGCUGCCCGGUGCCCCAACUGUGGGUGCCCCAACUGUGGGCUGCAAUGUGCCCCAACUGUGGGCUGCCCGGUGCCCCAACUGUGGGCUGACCUGUGCCCCAACUGUGGGCUGCCCGGUGCCCCAACUGUGGGCUGACCUGUGCCCCAACUGUGGGCUGCCCGGUGCCCCAACUGUGGGCUGCCAUGUGCCCCAACUGUGGGUGCCCCAACUGUGGGCUGCCCGGUGCCCCAACUGUGGGCUGCCCGGUGCCCCAACUGUGGGCUGCCCGGUGCCCCACCACUAA